CCAAUCCUUUCAAGUCAACCCUUUACAAGAAUCAGCAUCAACAUUCAAUAUAUAGCUGAGGAUAGCGGUUACAGAUACCUUGCGAAGGCUUGCUGUAAUCUGACUGGCUAUAUGCUUGCAAGAUCCCUCAAGAAAGCUAUAGCUGCGGAAAUGAGGAAGUUCAUUUUGGAAGAGAUCAUUCUUGUAUUCGGGUGCUCUCUCAAAAUUACUAUUAAUGAAGAAUCAGAAAACAAAGCUGAGAUAGCUAAGAUUAUCAGAGCUCUUGGGAUCCUGCUUGUUCAGAUCUCUAGUUACAAUCCUCAUGCUUAA